AUGCAGAAGUUCGCUUAACCCUCCAACAUAUUACACAGUGUUUGCUUGAGUCAAUGCAACAGUUAAUUUAUAUCUGGCGUGUGAUGAACCACAGACAACUAAACCAGGGAGAAGGUGGACAGGUUGUGCUUUGGAAUCAGCAGGGCUCUGUGGAAGGUGUGCAGCUGGCAAGAGCUAGUAAUACAGAUUGGCUUGAUCAGAAGAAGCAAGGAUUGGAUAUCAGCACCAAAUCUACAAUAUUUCUGCACACUGAAGUAUGUCUCAUUUGGAGCCUUGCCACCCGUUGCAGGCAGAACACCAGGAAGUUGGGAUUGAUCCACUUCAGAAUGACACAUGUAGGCUUGAAUUAGGGGGCUCUGCUGAAAAAGCAAAUCCAGUCUCAGAUUCAGAACAAAUCUUCAUAUCUUACAGCAAAGAAUGGGAAGAGCUCUUUGAAAACAACAAAUAUUUGGCAACAAUACGUCUGAAAGGGAUUAAUGGGCAGCUGAGAAGCAGCAGGUUCCGGAGUGUUUGCUGGAAGCUGUUUCUAAAUGUUUUACCCCAUGACAGAAGCCAAUGGAUAAGUAAAACGGCAGAGUUAAGAACAGGGUAUAAAAAGAUUAAAGAAAUACAUAUUACUAAUCCUCGAAAAGCUGCUGGGCAGCAGGACUUAGUAAUAAACAAUCCAUUGUCACAGGAUGAGGGGAGUCUUUGGAAUAAGUUUUUUCAGGAUAAAGAACUCAGAGCCAUGAUUGAACAGGACGUAAAACGAACGUUUCCAGAAAUGCAGUUUUUCCAGCAGGACGAUGUGAGAAAAAUCCUUACCGACGUUCUGUUCUGUUAUGCUAGAGAAAAUGAACAUCUGCUUUAUAAGCAGGGAAUGCACGAACUGUUGGCCCCUAUAUUGUUUAUUUUGCACUGUGAUCACCAGGCUUUUUUACACGCCAGCGAAGCUGCACAACCAAGAGAAGAAAUGAAGGUGCUAUUAAAUCCUGCUUUCCUAGAACAUGAUGCUUAUGCUUUGUUUUCAAACCUCAUGGGAAGUGCAGAGCCAUGGUUUUCUACUUUUGAACAGGAUUCACAAAAGGAAAAAGAUGCUAUGAUGUCUACUAUGCCUUUUGCCAGACCACAGGAUAUUGGACCUUCAAUAGCUAUUGUAUCUAAAGUGAACUACAUUCAAGAUCAGUUGCUUAAGAAACAUGAUAUUGAGCUCUACAUGCAUCUGAACAGACUUGAAAUUGCUCCUCAAAUCUAUGGAUUGCGGUGGGUGAGACUUCUGUUUGGAAGAGAAUUUCCAUUGCAAGACCUUCUUGUCGUGUGGGACGCCCUUUUUGCUGACAGCAUUACGUUGGACCUAGUAGACCACAUUUUUGUUGCCAUGUUACUGUACAUUAGAGAUGCAUUGAUCUCAAGCAACUAUCAGACGUGCUUAGGUCUCCUUAUGCAUUACCCACCCAUUGGUGAUGUCCACUCACUCAUUCUUAAGGCUCUCUUUCUACGGGAUCCAAAGAGAAACCCCCGACCAGUCAGCUAUCAGUUUCAUCAGAAUUUAGACUACUACAGAGCACGCGGAUUAGACUUAAUGAACAAAUCUCGUGCAAACUCAAAGACUGUACCAUUGAACAUAAACAAAGUAUCAAGCAGUUUGCUGAGCUUCGGUCGGAAGUUAAUUGGCCCUUCUAUCCCCACUGGCGGGGCAAUGAGCCCUAUGACCUCUUCACCAAUCAGCAGCGGGAGCAGCAAUAGCAGCAGAAUUAGUCAUUCAUCCGCUAUGAUCACCCAGUCCGUUAUUGAGCCCAGCCCAUCGCAUGCACCACAGACUCAGCAGAUACAACAAAACCAGCGUCUGAUGAAAUCUGAGAGUAUGCCAGUGCAGCUGAGCAAAGGUCAAAGCUCAAAGAACGUCAGUUCAUCCCCUAGCAUCGAGAGUUUGUCCGGGGGCCGCGACCACGCUGAUUCUCCUCCUCUGUCUGCUGGGAAGAAAGAUUCUUUCUUCAGCACCAUUGGCCGUUCUCGCUCUCAUAGCAAAUCCCAAGGCAAAAGAGAAUCUGAAGAAGAUCUAGAAGCCCAAAUUUCAUUCCUACAAGGGCAGCUGAAUGAUCUAGAUGCAAUGUGUAAAUACUGUGCAAAGAUAAUGAAUACACAUCUCGGACAUAUUCAAGACGUUGUACUACAAGAAAAGCUUGAGAAGGAAGACAAAAUUCAGGUUUCACUUGCAGUAUUAAAGCAGGUAAAGGACAUUUUGAAAGGAUCACUGAGGUUCAACCAGAGUCUCCUGGAGGCUGAAGAGAACGAAGAGAUUACAAUCACUGAUGACCAUUAUUGCUCUAGCUUGCAGAGAAAAGCAGAUUUCAAUGACUUCAUCAAGGGACAAAGUGAUAAAAACCAGACUGCAGCUGAUAGCCCUGGAAAUACGGACAGCAGACACUCAGAUGAUUAUAUUUUGAUCUCCGAGGAAGGUGAAGCUGGCCCAGUGCUGAUGGAAUCUUUGCAUGAACACAAAAGUGCAGCAGAGACCAAUACAGCUCCAAGCCGUCCUUCAUUGGUCUUCACUGACCCACUAAUGGGUGGCAGAACUAUGUCGUCCAGUAACCUUAGUUCCAGCCCAGAUGAUGACAGCAGCAACCACAGCAAGGAUUCAGACUUUACUAUUGUUAGUCCGUUAGAUCUUUAAUUGUUCUCUUUAUUUGUUUCUAUUUUGAAAGAAUCUUUGUAAACUAGCAGCUAGUUUCAUACCUGAUAAUAAAUGUAUGGAGUACUUUUAUUAUCACUGGUUAUCAGGAAGUCUAAAAAACAACUACUAGUCAUUUAUGCAGGCUGUAAUUCAGAGCACAAAUGAAAGCAUGAUAUAAAAAUCUUGAUUGCCUUACAUAUAUAUUGAUCAGGUUUAUCUGCUAAUGUAUGCAACUUAUGGAAGAAAUAUGCAGUUACAUUAUACAUACUUUAAAUUUGAUCUAAUCUCAUGCUUGCACUAGCAAGAGAAGGAUUAAAAUGAGAAAAAAAAAUCUCAAUUGAAAAGCCAUACACUUAUGUAGCUUUGUUCCAUUUUACAUAAGUCAAUUAGGUUAUUUUCCAUUAACGACCCGCCACUCAUGGUGAAAUCAGAAGGCCAGCAGAUGGCGCUAUAGAGUUUUGGUCCGCCCCUUGUAAACUUCACUCCCCAAGCUUCACUUGUUGUGGAUGCUAGAGGGUUGGUGGACACGCCCCACUAAGUGUGACAAGCGUAAGAGCAGGAAAAGGGAAAAGGGAUUCAAUAACGCAAGAGGAAAGUUAUGCUUCUGAAAAUAAUGGUACUUUUCUAUAAAUGGACCAAAACUCUAUAGCACCAUCUGUUGGCAUUAUGUAUUCAUUAACAGAGUAGCGGAGUGUUGAUGGAAAAGUACCGUAAAUGAUUAUUACAAUAUAUAUAAAUUUAACCACGACACAGUAGACGUAUUUUGUCCAGGUGAACAUUAUACCAACAUCUCAUUGUUAAAAUAUAGCUUUUUGCAACAAAA